UUGCAAGAAGAUCAAUAUGAUUACCGGAGGAAAAUAAAUACCUAUUAUCCUUUCCACGAUGAAGGAGAGUGGGAAUUAGCAAGGUUUCUAGUUGAAAACCUGACUCAAACUCAGAUCGACAAGUUUUUGAAGUUGAAAUGGUUUCACACCCGCCCAAGACCAUCUUUCACCUCAAAAGAUCAACUUCUUGAUUGGAUUGAUGCGCUCCCCUCUUUUGUACCAUGGAAAGUCUCGACCAUGGAGUUCACAGGCUACAAGACGACUUAUCCCUUGCAACUCAUCUGGCGUGAUGCUCUCAAAGUCGUCAAACAGCUCUUCAGUGAUCCUGUUUUUGCUAACCAUAUCACUUUUCAACCGCAUGUUGUUAAUACUGGGGGUCAGCGUGAAUAUGGGGAUUAUAUGAGCGCUGACAUGGCAUGGAAAAUUCAGGACCAUCUCCCAGUAGGUGCUACACAAGUACCGAUAAUCUUGGGAUCAGAUAAAACACCUGUGACGCGCACCACUGGAGGGCUUGAGAUGCACCCACUUUUCAUUACGAUUGGUAACCUCGAUUUGGAAGUUCGCUCCAAGGCUACACUACGAGCUUGGCGCUGUAUUGCUUACAUGCCCAUCGCUAAAUUUCAUGUGCAUCCUGAUUAUCAGGGCAUUCUGCAGGCACGCCUGUGGCAUAGAUGUGUCGAUCUCGUCUGCGCCAACCUCAAGGUCGCAGCAAAGGAUGGUUGUUUUAUGCCCGAUCCUUCCCGAUACAUCCAUUAUGUCUUUACACCACUUGAGGUCGAUCCUUGGGAUCUUGAUAAAUUCCAGAAGGCAGCAAAAGCGGUGCAUCUGUCUGGAGUUCACAUGCCAUAUUGGCGUGAUUGGACGUUUGCAUGCCCAUCUGUCUUUCUCACCGGUGAAGUUUUGCAUACCUGUAUCAAGUUUUUUGCGGACCAUCCGCUCAAUUGGAUCAAGGAGACGGUAGGGAAACCUGAGCUCAAUGCUCGCUUCAUGGUUCAGCAUAAGCGGGUGGGAACUCGUCACUUCACCAAAGGUGUCACCCAUGUCAACCAAAUGACAGGGCGCGAGCACCGAGAUAUUCAACGCACCAUUGUUGCUUCGAUUGCAGGCGCUGCUCCACCCAGGUUCAUUCGUUCCAUCUGUGCCCUCAUAGAGUUCAUCUACCUUUCUCAAGAUCCGGUUCAUUCUCCUGAUUCCCUGCAGUUGAUGGCGCAAGCACUUUCGGAUUUUCACUCAUUCAAGGAUGCUAUCGUUGACGCUGAGGCGAGGAGGGGAAAGAAAGGUGUUAAAGACGAUUUUUUUAUCCCGAAACUCGAGCUAUUGCAAAGCUUCAGAGGCAUGGUCGAGAAACUGGGCACGUUGAUGCAGUUUUCAGCUGAUAUGACAGAGCGCUUACUCAUUACACACUGCAAACAUCUCUUUGAGCGCACAAACCGGCGAUCUACUGAUUUUACAGAGCAGUGCGUACGGAUCCUCAACCGCCAGGAGUCGAUGGAAUUAUUCAACCUGUAUGCGUUAUUCUAUUCUCGUGGCGCGUCACUUGUCAAUGCCAUACGCAUCGAAGAUGAAGAAGUGACGACCGUUAAUCCAGCGCUUUCCUGGAUUUCUCGUGUUCUCCCUGAUGAAACGCAUUCUGUUCAUGGACCUCGGCCAGUUCGGAAUCAUUUUCUUAAGGGCAUUCUUUCUGGAGACGCUCUCACUGCCUUCCAUCUGACCUCGACGCCGGAUUUUAAUGCUCUGACGCCCAUCGCUAUUGAAGCUAAAUACUCACUUGUUGAUUUCAAUCAUGCGCUCUCUCAGUUUAUCAAUCAAUUAUCCCUCUCCACUGGCGAGCAUACCCGCUGGGACCAUGGAUACGGACGCUUUUGCACAUGGAAUAAAUUUCGACUACAGCUUCACUCUGCUUUCCAGCCACGAGUCAUUAUGCCAAGCAGAGUGAUACAAGCAUACCCGCCAAGUGAUGCAUUCCCCCUCGGAAACUGCGAUACUGUCCUAAUCAAUGUCACGGGCGAUGACGGCCAAAGCACCAGUCGUGUUGCACAAGUUCGACUCAUCUUUCAGCCAAAGAUUCCACGGGCUUCUGACUUGGUGUUACCAAUGUACCUUUCAAGUCCACUCCUCUACGUCCAAUUCUUCCACUUCGUCGCUAAUCCCAGUGACCGUCCUGAACUUGCGAUGUGGACAGUGGAGCGCACGUACAUGAUAGACCAACGUGGCAGACGUUGUAGGUGUGGUGGUGUCGUGUCGUUGACAGAUGUAACACACGCCGUCGAAUUGAUACCAGAAUAUGGUAACAAGGUAGACGAGAGGAUUUCUUCAGCCACUAGUUUGGAGAGCUAUGACCGGUUUUUUCUCAACAGUUUCGCAGAUAAGGAAAGCUAUCAUACAUUUAGCACAGAGUUCGCAUAG